AUGGCUGACACCACGGAGGUUUGGCGACAGGUGAAGGAGUUCAAGGAUGCGUUCGCCAUCUUUGACAAGGACGGCGGCGGGAGCAUCACCACCCAGGAGCUCGGCGACGUGAUGAAGUCCCUCGGUCAGAAGCCAACAAACGCCGAGCUGGAAACCAUGGUGCGCGAGAUCGACGCCGACGGCAACGGAGAGAUCGACUUUCCGGAGUUUCUCACCAUGAUGCUCCGGAAAAUGAACGAGGGUAACCCGGAGAAGGAGCUCAUGGACGUCUUCAUGGUUUUCGACAAGGAUGGGAGCGGGACCAUCAGCGCCGAGGAGCUGCGCGCGGCGAUGAAGGUCAUCGGAGAGAAGCUGACGGAUGACGAGAUCGAGGACGCCAUCAAGCUCGCAGACAGCGGCGGAGACGGGGAGGUGGACUACGACGAAUUCAUCCAGUUCGUGCUGAGCGACUGA